UCAGUUUUUCUUGAUCAUGAAAAUGCCACCAAAAUUCUGACUCGGCCAAAGAGGUAUAAUUCAGGUAAAUUGGAAGAGUUUGUUAGAGGGAAUCUUGAGAGAGAAUGCAUAGAAGAAAAGUGUAGUUUUGAAGAAGCACAAGAAGUUUUUGAAAACAAAGAAAGAACGACUGAAUUUUGGAAGCAGUAUGUCGAUGGAGAUCAGUGUGAGUCCAAUCCAUGUUUAAAUGGUGGCAGUUGCAGGGAUGAUGUUAAUUCCUAUGAAUGUUGGUGUCGACUUGGAUUUGAAGGAAAGAACUGUGAAUUAGAUUCCACAUGCAGCAUUAAGAAUGGCAGAUGCAAGCAAUUUUGUAAAAAGAGUGCAGAUAACAAGGUGGUUUGUUCCUGUACUGAGGGAUACCGGCUUGCAGAAAACAAAAAGUCCUGUGAACCAACAGUGCCGUUUCCAUGUGGAAGAGUUUCUGUUUCACUCACUACUGAGCUCACCCGUGCCGAGACUAUUUUUCUCAACAUGAACUAUGAAAAUUCAACUGAAAUGGAGACUAUUUCAGAUAAUGUCACUGAAAGCACUCAAUCACUUCAAGAUGUCACUCGGGUUGUUGGAGGAGAAAACGCCAAACCAGGUCAAUUCCCGUGGCAGGUCCUUUUAAGUGGUAAAAUUGGUCCAUUCUGUGGAGGCGCCAUCAUUAAUGAAAAAUGGGUCGUAACUGCUGCCCACUGUGUUGUACCUCCUGUCAACAUUAUAGUUAUUGCAGGUGAACAUGACAUUGAGAAGACAGAACCUACAGAGCAAAAGCGAAAUGUGAUUCGAAUUAUUCCUCACUACAGCUACAAUGCAACUAUUAAUAAGUACAGCCAUGACAUUGCCCUUCUGGAACUGGAUAAACCCUUGAUACUAAACAACUAUGUAACACCUAUUUGCAUUGCAGACAGGGAAUACACAAACAUCUUCCUCAAAUUUGGAUCUGGCUAUGUGAGUGGCUGGGGAAGAGUCUUCAACAGAGGGAGAUCAGCUUCAAUUCUUCAGUACCUUAGGGUUCCACUCGUUGACCGAGCCACGUGCCUUCGAUCCACAAAGUUCACAAUCCAUAAUAACAUGUUCUGUGCUGGUUACCAUGAGGGAGGUAGAGAUUCAUGUCAAGGAGAUAGUGGGGGACCCCAUGUUACUGAAGUGGAAGGGACCAAUUUCUUAACUGGAAUUAUUAGCUGGGGUGAAGAGUGUGCAAUCAAAGGCAAAUAUGGAAUAUAUACCAAGGUAUCUCGCUAUGCCAACUGGAUUAAGGAAAAAACAAAGCUCACUUAAAGAAGAAUGUAUUUCCAGGGUUAAUUCAUUAGGAUUGAAAAUGGACAGGGUGCUCUACUAACUAAUCACUUUCCCAUCUCCUGAUAGAUUUGAACAUAUUCAUUCUACGAAUACUGCUUUUUCUCUUUACAGUGGAAAAUUUCAUCUAGAAUUCUUAUUUUACUAGAGUAAACAGCUUAGAAAGUGGAAUCACUGGAGAAAUCUAAUAUGGUGGGAAAUUGUGACCAUUCCUAUGGGCCCAACUCUGGACAAAAUUGUAAAGUUGAGUUGUUUGCUUUGCCCACCAGGUACUCCUUUUUCACAGCAUUCCUUGUUCCAGAUGUUCCUUGCCUCUGCCACUAAAACAGCAAUAGUUAUUCGCUAUACAGCAUCUUUGGUCUAGUCUAUCACAAGGCCAGCACCACACUCAUAAAGGAAGAAAACAGGAGAAGAUAAUGGUUAAAAUUUUUCCUGAGUCAUUUAUCUUUUCCAACUCCCAAUCCCUAAAUCAUAUUUUCUCUUUCUUGCUCCUUCUCUUCCCUUUUUCCCUCCACAGUCACUAAAGAAGGGAAAGGGAGUAUUAUGCAUUGCUGUUGUGCACAGUUAUACAUGUCCAUCACGCCCCGACUUUCAGUUUCAUCUCAGACUUGCUUUUCAGAACAUAAGAAUGAAGUAAGGUACCUGAAGAAUUUGGGGUGGGAGACUUCCUUUCAGAGAAUUAAGUUAGUGAAUUAUAUACGUGUGUUAGGAAGACAUUUCGUAAAAUAUAAUAUACCACAUACAUGUGUUUCCACUAAGAAAGCUAACAUUGACUCAGGUAGAUUGUCUCCCAUCUGAAAAAAAAAUACUAACAGAAAGAAGAGAACAGUCAAUCUUCAACCUAGAACUAGUAGAAUCUUCAAGGAGGGGUUCGGUGAUGUGUCUCCAGCACUGUCCAGGGCCAAGCAAAAAGUUGUCUAGGCUGGGGGCCCUGAGUAUCCUGUCUCCUUGACCAGCACACCUCUGCAGUGGAGAAGGGUAUAGCUGACUCAAACACAUGAGUCUUUCUAAUCUGCCAACUUAAGUCUCUAUUUUCCCAUUUCAGGCUCAACAAGGAACUUUUUGAUUAUAAUUAAUCCUUCUAUCUUGAACAUUCUAGAAGGUUGCUAACCAACCAACCUAUGUUUCCUUUUGUGAACUAAUAAACUGAUGCCCUGGUUCAUACUUUG